AUGACCCAUUCGCACACAUUUGGUGGCUAUGCUGGCGAACAACCAAUCACACGCAAUGAUCUUAAACACGCCACUCGUAUCGUAGUCAAGAUGGGCACAAGCGUCGUGUCGACAAGUGGUGAACCCGCACUUGGUCGCAUCGCGUCUAUCGUGGAGCAGGUUUGCAUGUUGAAACGUCAAGGCAAAGAAGUAUUGCUAGUGACGAGUGGUGCUGUGGGUAUUGGUCGCAAGCGUCUAAACAAGCAAAUCUUGCUCUCGGCCUCUUUGCGCACUCAUGUGCAAGGCAAUCAGCAAAUGUUGGCGCUUGAAAAGAAGCAGGGCGCCAUGGCCGCCGCUGGUCAAAUUGGCCUCAUGUCACUCUAUGAAACACUUUUUUCACUUUAUGAUGUGGCUUGCUCACAGGUGCUUGUCACAGCGUCGGACUUCAAGACGGCUCAGAACCGCGCAAAUAUGCGCGACACAAUGCUCAACCUUCUCGAGCUUGAUGUGGUCCCAAUUGUCAACGAGAAUGAUGCAGUCAGUGCGUCGCCAGAUGGAACUGUCUUUACAGAUAACGACUCGCUCGCUGCUUUGGUAGGCGGCGAAAUUGAAGCUGACCUGCUCAUGCUGCUUACAGACGUAGAGGGUUUGUACAAUAAACCCCCCUACCCAGCCUGGUGCAAAGAUUAUUUCGGUCUUUCGUCCUGA